AUGGCAUGCAAGCUCAUCAUUGACACAGAUCCUGGUGUGGACGAUAUCCUCGCCAUCUUGUUGGCAUGUUCUGCCUCUCCAGAAGAGAUCGAAUUGCUACUGAUCAGUGUCACAUAUGGCAACAUUGAUCUACAAAACUGCCUUCGCAACGUCGUGUCCCUGUUCCACCAUAUUGAGCACGAGUUGACAUGGCGAGAAGCAAAUGGUCGGGCUCUCGGUUUCGAGACACUGUUGAAGUCUAAGCCUUUGGUAGCUGUGGGUACAGACCACCCGUUGUCAGAUCAGCUCUUGAUGGCAGACUUCUUCCACGGUCAUGAUGGACUUGGUGGCAUCCACAAGACGCAUCCACACAUGACGCCGGCAGAGACUUGGAGGUCUAUGUUCCAGCAAGCUGAAGCGUCGAAAGACCCAGACGAACAUGUACUGGAUGAAGAGCAGCACAAGAAACACGCACUGUUCACACCAUCAAAGGCGCCAUCGAGCCGGGAGUUACUACGCCUCCUGCGUGAGAACGAGCCAGAUACCGUCACGAUCGUAGCCGUUGGCCCACUGACAAAUCUGGCUCUGGCAGCCGCCGAGGAUCCCGAGACAUUUCUUCGAGUCAAAGAGGUCGUUGUGAUGGGAGGCAACAUCAACGAAGAAGGCAACGUAGGUCCACUACCGCUGAAAGGCUCGCCGCCGAUCGAAGAGCCUCCCUUCCGCUUAAUCAAGCAGCCGCCAGGGCCUCUAAGAGAUGUGCUGAACAACAGAAACCAGAUCACUCCAGUAGCAGAGUUCAACACCUUCGCGGACUCCUUCGCUGCAGCACGACUCUACGCCUUGACGUCCCCGAACCCUCGCUCGACUAUGCCUCCCACACCACCAGCACCGCCAGGACAGCAAGCCGAUCAUCCUCCACCACCAUUUCUGGCUCCGUAUCCAGCCAAGCUGUCUCGCCGACUAAAAGUCACCUUGUUUCCGCUCGACAUAACGCACCGCCACAAUCUCAAUCGAGGCGAGUUUCGCAAAGUACUCGACCCAUUGCUAGAGCAGAAGUCCCCAAUGGCAGAAUGGGUCGACGCCUUUAUGAGCUCUACCUUCAAAAAAGUUGAGUCUCUGCAGCAGAAUAUCAGCGGUGAUGCUAUUGCCCUGCAGCUGCAUGAUCCGUUGUGUAUAUGGUACUGCAUGGUCGAUGACCCGUCUCAAUGGAAUUUGAUCGAGGAUGAGGAUCUCCGCGUGGAAAGUUCAGGGCAGUGGACGAGAGGGAUGUGUGUGAUCGAUCGACGCACUCGUAAGAAGCGCGAAGACGACCACGAAGGCGAGAUCCCAGGUGAUACCGGCAACUGGUUGAGCGUCAGGAAUGGCAAUCGUCUCAGACGGUGCAUAGGUUCACCUGGCGAAGAUCUGUUCGGCGGCUUCAUGCUGAAACGCAUAUUUAACCUAUAG